AUGGGCAAAGCCUUCAAUGCCAGGGUCAUCUACGGGGAUACUGACUCGGUGAUGCUGACCUUAGGUGGUGCCAGCAUGACGGAAGCCUUCUCCCUUGGGAAGGAGGCUGCUGAGCUUGUGAGUGCGGCGUUUGGAGCACCAGUGAAGAUGGAAUUUGAGAAGGUCUACUUUCCCUUCUUGCUCAUGAACAAGAAGCGCUACGCUGGCUUAUCCUUUGGCUCUGUGGAGGAUAAGGGCAAGUUGGAUUUCAAGGGCAUUGAAGUUGUCCGCCGGGAUUGGUGCCUCCUGGUUCGUCAGAUGGUGGAGCACAGCCUGAAUUUGCUGCUGCGGGAACGGUCCAAAGAGCGUGCUGUGGCAUAUGUCCGCGAGAGUGUGACGGCGCUGAGGUCUGGGCGCGUCGACUUCAGGCUGUUGGUGAUUUCAAAGGCUCUGGUGAGGGACGGUGCAGAGGCCAGACGGGGGGCUAUAUGUCGCAUCAACUAG